AUGACACGGCUCCCCUACGCAGCAUCGUCCCCUAAAUCGUACAUGAAGCUGCUUCAUCAACCUGUCCAAAUCCGGUAUGUUAGUCCGUUCAAGUCCAGCGGAAAUAAUGUAAGAAGUUAGGUACCGGAUAACUCAGUAGUAAGGCAAUCGUCCGGUAAGCGAGAUACUUGGGUUCGAUUUUCUGGUUCGGCUACUUAAUUUUUAGCACCAUUUUCGGACGAGAACAAUCGUGCAAGGGAAGGAGUUGCUAUUUAAAAUCAGUGGAUACUCAUUUCAGGUUUAAAGAGUAAGAAUAAAAAGAUGUCCUAGGAUAAUGGGGACGGAUGCAGCCAGUGGUAUAGAUAAUUUUAUGUAUACACUAAAUACUGAUUCUGUACAAUGAAUACUUAUAAUAAAAAAAAAAAAACCGCAUUAAACAAAUAUUUUUCUAUAUAGAUAAUGAACAUAAUAUUAACAUGUUAUUGUUUAUGUAUUACGAGAUUUAAGCCAUUAUUUACGUAUGGUUUCACUAAUCGUGACAAUAAUAUUAAAAUAACUUCUUGCAUAACCGUAAUUUCGUAUUAUCUGGUCUAUAAUAUACGAUGAGAACCUACAUAACUACAUAUUAUUACGAUAAAUAAAUAAAUAAAUAAUAUUAUCCUUUACUACCGUCUUAUAGCUAAUUCUCCUGUACGCUUUUAUCACAGUGUAUAAUUUUCCACUUUAACUGCAACAUAUUUUGUAGUGUUUUUUUUUUUUUUUGUGAUAUAUUUAGGUGUUGGGUAGGUGUAUAACUUUUUUUCUAACCGUUCUGAAAAUUUCGAUAGUAAAAGAAUCACUGAAAUAAAUUAUUUCGAAUAUAAUAGUUACUUAGGUAUAUUAUAAUUUAUGUGUAUAAUUAAUUAUAGGAGUGGUAUGGUGCGGUGAAAUGUCAAGGAAAAUAAUUUAUAUUUUAUUUAAAAUAAUUAUUUCCUUCUAAAUAAAUUUUAAAAGCUUAUAAUCAGACUUAUAAUUAAUAACAAACUAUAUUAUAGGUUUAAUAUUCAGUAUAUUUUGAUAGCUACCUAUAUUUUAUUUAAUAUUCUUUUGUAUUUUAAAAUGUUUGGAACAUUUUCAGAAAAUUACUCUGCUUUAGAAAAAAAAAAAAAACAUAUAUAUAAUAUAUGAACCGCAUAUAUAUAUAUAUAUAUAUAUAUAUAUAUAUAUAUAUCUAAACUAUUAAUAAAAUAAAUUAUAUUUUAAGUAUAAAUUGUAAUUUAAAAUAUAAAAUUAUGAAAAAAAUCUUUAAAGAUAUUAUUUAAUACUACAGCUUUUGAGGUAUUUUUAGUGACCCAAAAGUGUUUUUGGAAACUAAAAAUAACAAUAAUAAAAUAAACAAACUAGGUACUCGUUGUCGUCAACAUGAUGUUUAGUGUUUCAUAUUAUAUAAUAUCAUAUUUGUCAGAGGCGUGGUGAACAUUUAUGAACAAUGAUGUAUAAUAUUUAUUUUAGUAUUCAGUAUUCACCCCACUCCUUCAUAAAAUAAUUACGUUCUUUGUAGUUUGUUUAAUUGUUAUCCAUUUGGACUUAAGUUAAUCAAUGGAAAACAAAUAAGUACUUUUUUUUUUGUAAACUCAUGGUCUCGAUGUUAGCAAAUGUCCUGGUCUAAUUCUUUACCCUUAUUAUAUACAUAUGUGGUUUAAAAAAAAAUUAGCCACUAAUUUGUAAUGCCAGUUUUAAUGUCAAAUUUAAUAUUUAAGAUUUAGAUAUUUAAACAAUUCAAUGAUUAAUAUGAAGAUCUACGGACUAUCUAGAAGACAAUCCUUCAUACAUUUAUUUACAUUAAACUUGCUAGUUUAUAAAACGUUUGUUAACGUUCUCCUUACAAAUAUACAUCGACCUACGCACGAUACACACAAUUGCAACCAUGUAGCCUAGGCGUAUUGAAAACCCUUGUGUACUCGUAUGUUUAACUGGAUAUAUUUCAAUCCAUAGAUAUCUAUAGUUUAAAUAUAUUAAACAAAUCAAAACAAUCUAAAAGAGUGCACUUAUUUUACAGUCGGGUAAAUUAAUAAAAACCUUGUAUCGUGGCGAAAAUAUAAUAUUACUGUAAAAAACAAUAACAAGUAGUCACAGUGUUAAAAUAAAAAAAUUAUUGUCUAAUUCAUCGCUAAUACUCAAUCCCUCUUGAAUUCCAUUAUUGUCAAUGAAUGCACAAUUAUAAUGUAUAUUAUAUUUUUAUAGAAAAGUUGAACAUUUUUUAUUUAUUAAAAUAAAUAGAAAUAUGCGUUUGAAAUAAUAUACUCUUUCGUUUAAUUUUGAGUGAUGUAUUUUGGUUUAUUCUGUUACUAUUCCGGGUUUGAUAAUUUAGGAUAUUUAAUUAAAACCCUUAAAACUACGGUCGGUUUUUAAAAAUGAAAUAUCAAGAAGUCAUGGAUAUUUUCGUAGUACACUUAGUAGUACGUAUAUACACUAAAUUUUUAAAUGUGUAGUUCCGUGAUUGGCACAAUGAAACGUUAUAGGUAUACGAAAAUCAAUAGAGUUUUCGUUAUACUCAAUUAAAAUCCGAAAACGUUUUGUUUUUUCACUCACCAAAAAAAAUAAAAGUAUAUAUAUAAAUAAGUUAAUCAUUAAUGUUUUUUUAUUGGCUAAAUCAUCCGGAGUAGGUAUCUAUAUAGUUUAUUUGAUGAGUUAUUUUCCACAUAGUAUAUUCUACAAUAACUGGUUAAAAAGUAUCUUUGUUAUUAAGGUCUUGGGAUAAAGGCACUUUUAAAAACGCUGAGUGUAGCUAAAAUGGUUUCCUUACAGAACUAAUCAGAGAUAUACGUUUGUCGAAUUGCUUUGGGGCUUAUACAAUUGAAACGUUUAAUGAAAAAUCGUAAAAAAACCAAAUGAAAAACUUUUCUUUAAAAUUGGUUACACUCGAUUUUUUUUGUCACCAAAGUAGAUAACAUUAGGUAUAACCUAUGUUAUUAUAAUUUAAACAUUAUUGAUUAGUAAAUUCUAUUUUAAAACCAACAUGUCAGCUAAUGAAGCUAUUUAUUUAAAACUAAAAUAAUUGAAUAAUAAUGUAUUUUCUAAAAUUUAAGACGUAAAAGUUAUCAGAUUAAGGAAUUAAGGUAAUACAAGAUAUUGAGUCACUUUAGUAGAUUAUACUAUUAUAUUUGUGUAAUUUAAAUGUGUACAAUAAAUAUUGUAUUAGAAUGAUACAAAUUUGUAUUGUAAAAUAUAUAAAUGAAAUUAUGUCCUUUUAACAUGAUAAAUAUUAUUUUUAACAUCAACUGUUAAGACUAACAAAAACUCAAUUUUCAUUUACAAAUAGUUAAAUAUCCGUAAGAAAUUUUACGGAGAAACCAGAUUGGCUAAGUUUAAAAUGAUCCACCGACUUGGUUAUAAUACAAUUUUUUUUCUAAUAUCCAGACCACAAGAUUGAAAAAAAAAUGCCUAGAGUGGACGUUGGUAGUCCUGACGAUUGCGUUUACCUUGACAAACGUAGCCGAUGGUAAUGAGACCACUACGUCAUUGGCGCUGGUUAACGAAACUGAAUAUGACGAGACAGCUAACAUGACCGACGAAGAGUACACAGAAAUGCUUGAAAAUUAUAUCACACCCCAAAAAUCCGAAUGGGUGUUCAUAUUCCUGCACUCCGUGGUUUUCGUGGUUGGGCUAAUUGGCAACGCUUUAGUUUGUGUGGCCGUCUACAGGUGAGCAAAAGUAUACUUAUACCACCAAGAAACGAUAAUAGCGUCCAAAAUAAGAUUUCUUAUUUUUCCUUGGUUUAAUUAGGUAUAUAGACUUUUUUAGACCCGAUGCAACAAUUCAUCACUGUUUCAUCCACUCCCCCAAUUUUUUACAGAUUUUUACGUUCUUUAUUAUUCCUAGUAAGAAAAAUUACUAUUUUAUGACGUGAUAUCGUUUAUCUCGUGGCUGUUCAUGAUUAGCUAUAUAAUGUAUCGAACGUCAUUCUAUCUACAGCUAUCUACAACCUUACAUCAUAAUACUGUGUCAACACGCUGUCAACUGUCGAUUUAUGAACUUUAAUAAUUUAAAACGUUUUAAUAUACCCACUAUAAAUUAAAAAUUUCUGACAAAAAUUAUUUCCAAAGGAAAAUAUGCGUUCAAAAUAAUUUCAUUUCAUUCCAGAUAAAAACCGUUAAAUAAUUAUUUGUGCGGUGAUAAAAAAAUUGUAAUCUUGCUUUAGGUGUUUUUUCGUGUUCAAAUUUAGUAAUUUGCAUUGAAAACGUUUGAUUGCAAAUAAAAUAAUACCCUUAUUUUAUUUAUAUUUUGGAUCAAUGUGGCUUAUUAACUUUUGGCUCAGAAAUUUCGCUUCAUUAUUAUUAAAAUAACGUUCAAGAGUUUUUACAAAAUAUUAUGUUUAAAAAUACGAUUUCAGUUUAUACACGAGUCAUAAUACUUACGGCACUCAAUGUAUUAAUAAUUAUCCUUAAUUUGUAUUAAUACUUCAUUAAAAAAUUAUAUUUUAUUUUUUUGUCAAUAAAUCACCGAAAUGAUUGAAAAAAAAUAUAAUUUAUUAUUUCUCUCGCUGAUGUUUCAGGAAUCGAACGAUGAGAACGGUUACUAACUAUUUCAUCGUCAACUUGGCAGUGGCUGAUUUCUUAGUGAUACUAAUCUGCUUGCCGCCAACUGUGGUAUGGGAUGUCACCGAAACAUGGUUUAUGGGCACUUUAGCGUGCAAAAUUGUUUUGUACUUCCAGGUCAGUGUUUUCAUUAUUCCCACGUAG